AUGGCCCUCGUGCUCCUCGCGGGGGUUCUGCUCCCUUGCCCAGGCGAGUUCCUGCCCUUUAAAAAGAGGUUCAUGAAGGGGCCUAGCAAUGUCCCAGGUCCUCCCUCCCCUUCCCAUGCAGCCAGAGAGCUGGUGGCACCAGAGUUGUCCCCACAGGUGAACGGAGUGGAGUGCUCCCACCACUCCGAGUGCGUCAGUGACUGCUGCCUAAUGAACCUGGACCACGGAGGCGCCUUCUGUGCCCCCAAGGCCAGAAUAGCCAUGUUGUGCCUGUUCCAGACCAAAGGAGCCCUCAACGUCAUAUGCCCCUGCCAAAGCGGCUUGAGUUGCAUAUCCAAGGACCCAAUCUGUUCCCGCCGUUGCCAUUUGAUUUAG